AUGUCUAGUAAUAAGUUAAAAAUACUUGUACCUGUUAAAAGAGUUAUAGAUUAUGCUAUUAAACCAAGAAUAAAUAAACAAAAUACUGGUAUUGAAUCAAAGGGUGUUAAGUUUUCAAUUAAUCCAUUUUGUGAUAUUGCGUUAGAAGAAAGUCUCAAAAUUAGAGAAGCAAAUAAGGAUUUAGUUGAGUCAAUACAUACAGUUUCAAUUGGUCCAUUGAAAGCACAAGAUGUUUUAAGAACUACUCUUGCAAAAGGAGCAGAUAAAUCAACGCUUAUUCAAAUUAAAGAUGAUGAAGAAGUUGAACCUUUACAAGUUGGAAAAAUUUUAAAAUCAAUAAUUGAAAAAAACGAUUAUAAUUUAAUUAUAUUAGGUAAACAAUCAAUUGAUGAUGAUUCAAAUCAAACUGGUCAAAUAUUAGGUGGUUUAUUAAAUUGGUCGCAAGCUACAAAUGCGUCAAAAGUUAAAAUUAAUACUGAUAAUACUGUAGAAGUUACAAGAGAAAUAGAUGGUGGUGAAGAUGUCUUAAAAAGUAAAUUACCAUUAAUUAUUACAACUGAUUUAAGAUUAAAUGAACCAAGAUAUGCUUCAUUACCAAACAUAAUGAAAGCUAAAAAAAAACCAUUGGAAAAAUUAACACCAAAAGAUUUAGGUAUUGAAAUUGAAAAUAGGUUACAAAUAUUGAAAAUUGAAGAACCACCAAAAAGACAAGCUGGUAUAAAAGUUGAAAAUGUUGAUCAAUUGGUUGAAAAAUUAAAACAAGUCAAAGCUUUAUAG